UCUGACCAGCAUGUGUAUGUCAUAUAUUUGCGACUUCACUCAACUGUAAUAUGGUAAAUAUACAACCGCGGAGUUAGUUUUACAAACAUCAGGAAUUACUUUACGUUUAACAUCAGGAUUUUUCUUGUUUUACCGCGUCUGCAUGUUGGCGUGGCAUCGCGUGGCUGUCGCAAUAAUGGUGAAGAAAGCUGUCAGCAAACCUGUGAUAUUGUGGUGACUGAUUAAUGCAUAGUUCUAGCCGACGUCUGUGCAAGUUGAGUGUCUUAAAAUGGAAAAUACCUCAAAUAACCUAAUUAAAUUUGUCCAAGAAGGAAAGCUAUGCCUGCUCAAAGAAGAACUCGAAGCUAAUGUCGAUAUCCGACAUUCGGUUAUUAGUGGGCAUUUUGGAAGGUCUGGUGACACGCUCCUACAUUAUGCAGCCAGACACGGACACUUAGAUAUUUUGACAUAUUUAGUUGAAGUCGUAGACAUGGACAUCGAGUUGUACAACAACGAUUACAAGAGACCACUCCACGAAGCGUCCUCGAUGAGCCAUGCACCCUGCGUGUGUUACCUCUUAGAAAAAGGAGCUAAAGUGGACAGUUUGAAAAAGGCAGAUUGGACACCAUUGAUGAUGGCGUGCACUAGACGCAGCCUAGAGGUCAUUGAGCUGCUGCUGAAGUGGGGUGCCAAUCUCUCUCUGAAGAACAAAGAUGGCUGGACAGCCUUUCACAUUGCUUGCCGUGAAGGAGACCACACAGUCAUAGAGCGCCUCCUGCUGGCUAACAGUGAGCUGUGGAGAACAGAGGGGAAGACCAAAAGAACACCUCUACACACAGCAGCUAUGCAUGGAUGUGAAGACGUUGUCCAAAUUCUCCUGGAGAGGAGUGAGUAUGAGCCAAACAGCAGAGACAGCUGUGGUGUUACUCCCUUCAUGGACGCAGUGAGAAGUGGUCAUAUCCCCAUUGCCCGAUUACUCCUGGAGAAACACCAGGCCUCUCCUAUGGCUGUGGAUGUGUUAGGGGUGCCUCCUCUACACCAGGUGUGUGUAACUGCCCAGGAGGGGGCCCUGUGCUACCUGGUUCAGGAGUUGGGUGUGGACGUCAACACAAAGGCCACCAAAAUGCAGCUGACAGCACUGCACUAUGCUGCUAAGGAAGGACACACUAACACUGUGAAGACCCUCCUAGAACUGGGGGCAGAUCUGUUUGCCACAGACUCAAAGGGGCGCACAGCCUUGCACAUGGCCAGUAUUGGUCAGCAUGCAGAUACGGCCGCUGCUCUGCUGGCUCUGGGGCUGAUGGACUCAGCCGACACAUCAGGCGUCAGGGCCAUACAGCUCGCCAGGAAACCCGCAGUUAAAAGCGUGCUCGAAAGCCACACCCAGAACACGCCAUGAAUACACACAAACACAAAUACGUCACACACCACGAUGAUGCACGCCAUUGACAUACACCAUGGCAUUCUGCUGCAAGUGCUCCCUAUGUACAUACAUGCAAGCAUUCAAUGUGAAUGCACUAUUGUGUGUGUUUCCAUGACACACACACACACACACACACACACACACACACACUUCAUGUUUGAUAACAUUUAGACAGAUGUCUGGGUUUUGACAUGAAAGCUGGAUCCGUUUAAUUAGACAAUGUACACAAAGUUUGCACAUGUGUAUGUUCCAUUUUCCGUUAAUCACAAGAGCAUACACACACACACACACACACACUCACAAGCAGGCUAUGCACAGAAGAUACUGUGACACCAAUCCUGUGUGUGUUGCCAUGGAAACUGUGGCGUGGAGCUGGUAACGUUUAAGAGCCACAGUGUUUUCAUUUCCUUAUCCUGUGUAUAGUCAAGCUGAGCGAGGGUUCUCAGCUAAUUCCCCUUGAGAGAUCUGUCUGACAUGGGUGGCAGCAUGUGUGGGAUUAACAGCAGCAGACUGCACCAGAUUGUGCCUCUGACCCUGGGUACUUCAGUCAUGUGACAUGCUGCUUCACUAUUGUACUACUGUCUUUGUGCGUCGCACGCCAGAAGGGUGUGUGUUUGUGUGUGUGUGUGUGUGUGUGUGUGAGAGAGUGUGAGUGUGAGUGAGUGUGUUUGAGGGAGGGAGGGAGAGAAUCCUGCUUGUCAAGACAGACCUGCUCCAGUGAUGGCCAUCUGUACAAUAAGUAAACAAUAAAAGUCU